AACGCUCAAUUGAUGGGCGUACUGAGCUGUGCAGUGAAAGGAGAUACCCUUACGUGUUUCCUUCUAGCAAAACAAAACCAUGUUCUAUCCUGGUUAUAUCAUUGCUUGUUGCUGGUUUCUCCCUGUCACCCUUCCUGGAGCGCAGCUGUUUUUUGUCCCCGCGCGCGGUGACAAGCGGGUUGGACGAUGCUAUUGCGGCGUUUUAAAGGGAAAAAAGCUCAUGACAGAAUAACAACACAAGGCAGUGCAUCGCCGCUUGCGACACAUUAUCAGUGUUUAUUAGUUUCAUCCGGAUGAGGUUAUUUGCUUGUGAUCUUUCUCGCGCGCACGGUGGACUCGGACAACGCAGGUACUUUGGGAGAAUUGGCUAAAAAUGCACCUGCCGUGAGACAACGGAGCAAUCGGAGCACAUGGACAUCUGUUCUCUGGACCUCAAAUCGGACAGCCACAUCUGAGUAUUUCUAUCAAACCUCUCUUGUUACUCCGCCAUGGAGCAUUCACAGUUUUUAACCUACAUCGGUUUAAUAUUUACUCGUCGCGGGGCUUCAAACCAACCCGAGUAUGAGGAUGACAGCUGAUCGCUCCUCCUCUCCCGGGACUUAAAUAUAAACGCGCUCCAUCUGAAUCCGCUGCCCUCGACUGGAAGCCAGAGUCUCAGUUUCUGCUGUGGUUAACAAUAGAUGGAGCGCCGAGGGCUGUGACAUUUGGUUGAUUGCCACCUUAACCUUUCCCUGAUCAGGUUACCUUCAACUUGCCAUUCCGUUAAAUGUUUUUUUUUCGGGGGGGGUGGGGCGGGAGGGGCAUUAGCCGAUGUCAUAUUUCACUGAAGGCCCUUUAAUUUAAUUUGUUCUCAUUUGGAAAGAUUAAAAUCAUCCGCCUGUUCUGCAGGAAAACUGUUUUUCUGUAAGGAAGUGUUGUUGCAGGUCUGUGGAGAUGCUCUGUCCGAUCACCCCUCCACAUGGAAACUAAAUUUCUCUUCUUGCUCUUCGGUACUUUGCGCUAAACCUAUGGCCGGGGAUGAUCCUUGAGUAGCAGAUAAAAUAAUCAGCGUCGCGGUGUCAGCAAAGACUUGAGCUACAGGGGAUUUGUGUAUAUUAUCGCCGGACUGCUAUUUUGUUCCCUCGGUCACACUCUUAACUGAACUUAGCGGCUUUUGAUCUGCAGCCUUUUCUCCGCUGCCUGGAAACUCGAGCAGGGAAGCCUGUAUACAAGCCACGCUAUUCACCGGGAAAGGGGCGAAACCGGGUUGCAUUCAUAAGAAAUGACUGCCACAGAGGUGUUUGGACCCAGAUCUCAGGAUACGACGAGUUUGGCGCUGCCGUCACCCCGUGGAUCCGGGGGAAUGAGACGCGCUUUACGGCUGUAGUUAGCACUCCCUGCUUACUGGCCGGUCACAUGCCGUCGCUGUGACCGGGAGAGGAAGCCCCUCAGUAGUGCCGCGGACAACCAGAAACAAAACACAGCAGCGACCGAACGUCUACCUUCCGGACCCGUUUUGACUAUCUACCGGGCGGCUACCGGAGGAUGUUUGAGCCAGGAUGCUGCGCUUCCCCGUGAAGAAAAUCCGGAAGCAGUUCAAGCUCCUGCUGCUGCUGGUACUGCUCACCUCCGCCGUGUGGUUCACCUACCUACACAUCAACCAGGGCAAGACCAUCAAACUCCACUUCAACUACGGAAAAGAUGGAGAGAGACAGACGGAGGGGACGGACGCCAGCCGUAAGAGGGACAUUCGCUCCUCAGCCGGCCACCACAAAAGUGAGGACACCAGCGACAGCAGGGAGGACGAGGCUGCAGAUGAUGAGCCAAUCACAGGAGGGGCUGAUGGCAGAGACCAUACCCACAUCCGGAAGUUCCUCAGCCAGCGGCACAAGAAACUGCCAUGGAAACCGGAGUAUAAGGGCCAGGCCAACCUGCAUGUGUUUGAGGACUGGUGUGGCUCCUCUGUAGCCCAACUCAGAAAGAACCUGCACUUCCCUCUCUACCCUCAUACCAGAACCACAGUGAGGAAGCUGGCAGUGGCUCCGAAGUGGAAGAACUAUGGCCUGAGAAUAUUUGGCUUCCUUCACCCUUACAGAGAUGGUGAUUUCCAGUUCUCUGUAUCGUCUGAUGAUAACUCUGAGUUCUGGCUGAGUCCUGAUGAGAGCCCUCUCAACGCCAAACUGCUGGUCUAUGUAGGACAGCUGGGUACAGAGUGGACCGCUCCAGGCGAGUUCAGCAAGUUCAGGUCCCAGUCCUCCAAGUCUGUGCACCUAAUCUCAUCCAGACAAUACUACUUUGAGAUCCUCCACAAGCAGGAUGACAAGGGUUCGGAUCACGUGGAGGUUGGGUGGCGUCCAUUCCUCCCUGGUCUGAAAUAUGAAGUGAUAGACUCAGCCUACAUCUCCCUGUACGCAGACGAGUCUGAUCUGAAGAUGAACAGUGUGGACCACAUCCCCCAGACCUUGGCCAGUCACAUCCGUCUCCCAGGGGAGUCUCAGCCCCAGGGUCUGGAGGGAGGCAGCAUCAUCCAGCACGGAGCAGAUAUGCUGAAGCCGGACCCCAGGGACACCUUCUACAGCACUCCUAUAAUCAACCCCUCCCGACUGGAAAACAUUCUUCCGGCCUGUCUCUACUCUCCAACCUAUGUAGUCAAAGAUUUUCCCAUUGCCAGAUACCAGGGCCUGCAAUUUGUCUAUCUAUCCUUCGUUUACCCCAAUGACUUCACACGUCUCACCCACAUGGAGCGAGAGAACAAGUGUUUCUACAGAGAGUCCCCUAUCUACUUGGAGAAGUUUGGUUUCUACAAAUAUAUGAAGAUGGACGAGGAGGAAGAUGACAGACCGUUCUUCUUCCCCAACCCAGAUGACUUCCUAGAGGAAGAGGAAGUGGUAGAUACAGAGGACGAGGCAGAGAUCGUUGGCACACAGCCGCCCAAGAAGCCCUCUCAUCCCAGCCAGACCAGUCACACAUCCAACCCUUCCCACCACCACUCAAAGCCUGGGCCCACACCAACUGGCAGAGAAGGGGAAGAAGAGGAGGAGGACCCUGAUGAAGAGGAGGAGGGAGCAGUCAACAGUAUCAUACACCGCAGAGAAAGGAGACACUUUCCUCACAGAGAUGCACAGAUAGGUAGGGAUCUGGACAGAGACUGGGGAAGAGAUCAUACAAGAGGAAACAUGAGACAGGAAACCAGGAGGGGACUUGAAGAGCCCCAACCCAGGGUGCUUCAACCUGACAUGGACAGUGGGGUCCGGGGGCGCUCCCUGUCUUGGGUCCGCACCGGUCCUGCAGAGUUGGGCCCUGGCCAGAAAGGAGGAGGAACAGAUGAUGGAGAUGGAGGAGAGAAGGGAGCUGAGACUCCGCCUAAACUGAGCAAGUCUUCACUCCUUUUCCCCCAAAAGUCCUCCCUCUCUGCCCUUGCCAGCCGAGCCAAGCAGAUCCUCAGCAACUCCGCCCAUAGCAACAACCUUCACGAUAACAACAACAAGCUCACUGGAAACAAGAAGGAGAAGAGGGAGGAGAACAAGAUCUACAUCACCAGGCCUCGACCUGCCAAGGAGCGGGAGAAGGACAGGGAGAGGGAGAGGGAGCAGCGUCGAGAGAGGAGGGAGGAGAGGGCAUCUCGCCACCCUAGAGAGGUGUUCCCGGGGGUCUUUCUGUACCAAGCUGGGAAGACCACAAGGCUGGUCAACCUGGGUGCCAAAGGACAUGCUGGGGGAAGCAUAACAGGAGGUAGAAGUCUUGUUAGUGCCCCUCAGCUCUGGCCCAACCCCCCCACAAAAGAAGGUAAGACGUCUCCUCACAAUGGAAGCAUCAACAUACAGAAUGAAAGUGUGCAGAAGUCUGCCAACAGGGCAGCAGGGGCAAAAAGCAAGAGGAAAGGGGAGCACCGGGAUUUAAAGACUACUUUCACUGCUGAUCUACCCAGCAAAGGGGACCUGCUAACGCCGCUGUCCCAUCAUAAAGAUCAACCUCCCCCUCCAGUUACCCUGCCAAGGUUAAACUUCACAGAAAACACUCUCCAAGGUCAAACGCGGGUCACCUCUUACCUCAGGACCUCAGAGAUCACAGAGUCCCAGCAGCACCCAGACCCCGACCCGGUAGAACUUGACCAGAAUACAAACCACUCUAAUCCUGACCCCGACCCUGAUCCCGAGCCAGAACCAGAGGAGGGCGAAAUGUCGGACUACAGCUACGAGGAGGUCGAGGCCCGGCCAGGUUGGGCAGAGGAGAGCAUCAACUGGCAGAGGACCUUCUCAGUCAAUCCAAUGGACUUUGAGCUGCUGCGCUCUGACUGGAAUGACCUGCGCUGCAAUGUGUCUGGCAACCUUCAGCUGGCAGAGAGUGAGGUGGUGGACGUGCUGGCGCAGUACAUGGAGAAACUCAACGAACGCAACGGAGGGAUCUACACCCUGCUGCGAAUCAUCAACAUUGAGAAGCGGCGCGACUCGGCAAGAGGGAACCGUUACCUAGUGGAGCUAGAGCUAAUGGAGAGAGGCCGCAGCGUGGUGCGUCUGUCAGAAUACAUUUACCUGCUCCUCCACCGCAGCAGGCAAGGAGAAGAAAGUCUAGAGAACACCGAUUCUGCCCUAGCCUCGGUACCGGCUUCAGCCCCAUCCGCUGCCAUGUCCAGCCUCACCACACCACCGCCCCCUCCCUCCACCAGGUCUCCCGCCCGGCCUGGGGCUACCCCCUGGAGCACCGCCUAUGCUAAGCCUCUGCUCUGCCAGCCGGUUAUGCUGCAGUGGAGGAGAGAUGUCAUGGUUCACUUUGUGGUGCCAGUGAAAAACCAGGCUCGCUGGGUACAGCAGUUUAUCUCUGACAUGGAGAAUCUCCACCGCCAAACAAAAGAUGACAAUUUCAGCAUCAUCAUUGUCGACUUUGAGAGUGAAGACAUGGACGUGGAGCAGGCGCUUAGAGAGAGCAGUGUACCAAGAUACGAGUAUCUAAGGAGAGAAGGGAACUUUGAGCGCUCUGCAGGACUGCAGAUCGGAGUGGACACUAUUGAGGAUAGUCACAGCAUUGUGUUCCUGUGUGAUCUGCACAUCCACUUCCCUCUCAACAUCUUGGAAAGCAUCAGAAAGCACUGUGUGGAGGGACGCCUUGCCUUUGCACCCAUUGUCAUGAGACUCAGCUGUGGCAGUUCGCCACAGGAGCCUGAUGGUUACUGGGAGGUAAACGGCUUCGGCCUAUUUGGAAUCUAUAAGUCUGAUUUUGAUAAGAUUGGAGGGAUGAACACAGAGGAAUUCAAAGACCGCUGGGGUGGAGAAGACUGGGAGCUGCUGGACAGGGUACUGCAGAAUGGUUUGGAGGUAGAGAGACUACGCUUGAGGAACUUCUUUCACUACUACCACUCCAAACGAGGCAUGUGGAACUCCCAAAACAAGAAAACUCCGAAGGGAUAGUGCCCCUUACUGGUUGUAGGAUUCUGAACCUACUUGCAGAUCCACCAUGUGUGAGAGAGACCUGUAGGAGCUCACUCACUGCCUGAACUCUGCCUUUUUUUGAAACAGGCCCCUUUCAGGGACGCCUCUGUUUCGCCAUCGGCCCCUCUUGUAUGCUUGUCUGUACGAGGAAACAGAGUCCAAAUCUGAACAUUACAAGCGAGCCGUUUAGGCAGAUAGACCUGAGUCAUCACUUUGCCUCACUGACUAAACUACUGUACAGAGAGAAGAGAGUUAUUUUUGUUCUCCUUCUCUCUGUCCUUUUUUGGUGCAAUGUUUUCAGACAGACUGGAAAGCAGCUGUUUUUGUGGGUGUGUGUGUUUGCGUGUAUGCGUGGGUAUGUAUAUAUAUAUAUAAGUGUACGUGGGUGUGUUGCAGCUUGUGUGUGCUUAUGAUGACAGGAAGCACCUUUUUUCUAACAAGGAGAUGUGAAGACGACCUAAGAUCUCUUUUUCUAACACACACUCACAUGGGAGCCUAAUAGAAUGUGUAGAUUCAGACAUGGUGGCAUAGCUUGAGUAGAGGAACUCUGUCUUUGGUAAACAGUAUUUAUAAAUACAUCAACUGCUACCUGUUGGAUAUCAUUAACCAGUAUGACCGGGGUGUUGAAGUUCUCCUGAUACCUGAUAUUAUGAAACAAAGAAAGUUUUUGAAUCAGAAAAGCCCUUUUCCAAACAGAUACUGACAGAUAUGUCAUCUUUAUAUCUGUUUCUGUCCCUCUCUCUCCCUUUACAUCUCUUUUAUCUUAAACUCAUUUCUGCCUCUUUUAGUUUCAAUGUCGUGUUAAUUUUUAUCUGUUGAAUCGUUAUAGAUAGCCUCACUGCUGUUUUGUAAUAUAAGUUUUACGUACUACACCCAUAUUAGUGCUCACUAUCGGUUCUGACUUGAUUAAUUUUGUUUCAUUAACUGAGGUUUGUUCUGCUGUUAGUUAUUUAAAAGGGGUUUUCAUUUGUCCUGACUGAGUAUGGAUGCACAUACCAUUUGGGGUGCUAUUUUCUGUUCUAAAACACUGAAUUUGUGAAUACUUGUUUACACCUUUUAACUCUACUGGUAUCCUCCAUUCCCUCCAGAUCUCUAACCUCAUUGUCAACUGGAACAUAAAACUGUGACAGGAGGGUAGCAGAGGACAACAACAGCGUUCUGACAUUUGAUUUAACGUUGUCACACCAUUGUUUUACGCAUUUUCUGAGUUGAGUAUUGCAUUUCAGAUAUUGGAUAUGAGGGAUUAAAACUAUAUCUCUCAUAUUAAAAUACCACCGAGACAGGGAAUGCUUAGCUAUUGAAAACAUUGACACACUUCUUUUAAGUUUGUAUAAAGCUCCAACAGAGAGGAGACCAGUUCAUGUGUUGGACACAAUGUGGCAAGGCAUGGCUGUUUCACAAAUGUGUGCCUUUAUCAGGGUUUGGCUGCAGGCAGUUUUUAAACUACUCUAAUGACAGAAGAGGGCAGGGAGAGACAGAAACACAACCAUUAUUUAUCAGCAGGCUGUAAUGUCACUGUAAAUUCAGAUACACUGUAAAAGUAGGAAAUAUGGUUCUCUUCAAUGGAUUACAGACGUGUCAGUGUGUUUGUUAAGUGUGUUUGUUAUAUUACUUUAGAAGCAGGAAGGAGUGGUCUUUGCAAGUCAGUUGUCCCAUUGGUGAGAUAGACAGAGAUGGUACUAAUGACUAUUAAGUGAAAUCAGGAGGUGUGAUGGAGACUCACUGGCAGCUGCAGUCCAGCACGACCCCACCUGCUCCCAUUAGUUUGGCUGGAGGCUGGGCUCCUAAUGCCUCUGUUUAUGCAACAUGGUACUUAUAUUGAUGGGGAGUAGCUGGAGGGCUCAAGGCUGGACAUAUAUAUAUGGAGUAGAGUUAAUGAUCUGUUAUUGACUAUACGAUUGUCAAAAUGCUGGCCAAGACCCUCUCUUUGCCUACAGGAAAAGGUCUAUACUGUACGUCAUUUAACACUGACAUGGGACUAUUUAAAUAACAAAAGAAACACAUUAAAUCUAAGACUAUAUAUAUAAGAAAUAUAAAAAUGAAAAAUAGGAAUAUACAUUCCAAGGUAAUUUCUGUGAAAUUGUUUUGUAGAGAAAAGAUUUUAAGAAUGUAUUGUAAUUUUAUUUGGAUUUGUUGGUUUUUUGCAAAUAAAAUUUUAUGCUUACGUCCAUA